CUAGGAGGAGCCCGCAGAGCCCUCCUGGGGGUUUCAUCUCCCGGGCCUCAGUUUACCCCUGUGGAACGUGGGAGAUGGACUCUCGAGGGAGCGAUGGUGGCCACACCUGCCCUGUUGUUUAUUUAACACGGUGUUCAACCAGGCACGCAUUUAUUAAUCUCCACUCCGUGCCAGGCGGGGUUUGCCAGCUUCAUUACUCGCUAGAAGUACCGAGGAAAUGUUGGUUGGCUUUGGACAUCCCCAGCCUAGUGAUUAGAGAGCCAGAAGGCCUUGGGGAGUGGUCUGGCCCCUCCAGGCCACAAGCAUUUAUUAAGCUCCUGCUGUGUGCUGGGUUCUGGGCAUUGAAAGGCAGAAACAGCCCUUUCCCUCAAGGAGGUCACUUUCCAAUGGAGAAAACAACUUGCCACAAGAUUUGUAGGAGAUACUGGAGUUAGAAUCUCAGAGGGGAGACACUGACCUUUAGGGAAAAGUUUCUUGCAAUUAGGAAAUGUGCUUUCUCGUCCUGACUCCGACAAUUGUGUGACCUCUCAGUGACCCCGGGGGACUCCAAGUUGACCAUCUGCAUCUUUAGCACACCGGGAGUUCCCUCCGCCUUUGAAAUAAUGAGAGAGGGAGUAAGUAUUUCUAGAGUGCCUCUAAUGCACCAGGCACUGUGACACUAAACGCUAUAGUCAUUAUCCGUGUUUUUACAUUUGUGGAAAGUGGGGGAAAGUGAGUUGCCCAAGGUCACACCCUUAAUAAGCUGAGUCAGGAUUUGAAGUCAGGUCUUCCCUCAUUCCAAAUUCAGCAUUCUAUUAACUAUGCCACUCCCAAGCAUAGUUAAAAAACAGAAAGGGAGAGGAGAUCUUUAAACUUAGUUUUGUUUGCUUUGCAAACUGCUUCUAAGUUCUUAGUGCUCCAGGAGUUCGGAAGAGCUUAUAGCUUGUUUAUUGUAAAUAUAUGCCUCAGAUGAUUAGUCUGGAUGCUUUAUUUAUAUUUUUACAUUUUCUAAAACUUGUAAUAUUCCAAAGAAUUCAGAAUUUGGGGUUGAAGGAGAUUUUGUGUCAGAAAAAAUGUCAGACAAAAGAGAGUUCCUGGUUUUUUAUUUAAUUUGUUUUAGGUGGUUUUUUGGUUUGUUUUGUUUUUUAAUAAGAAGCUGCCCUCUUUCUAAUCUAGAAGUUCCUGUUUUUGAGCGGGGCAAGUUUGCAUUUUUCUCAUAAAAGAUAGUCUUUCUCAUAGUCCUGGGACAUAGUAGCUCAAGACAAUGGAUAGACAGACUUAGACACCAGCAGCUAAGCUGAAAUCACUGAAUGGGAUGGAAUUUACAGGUAGAAAGGAUCAUAGCAUUACAGACCUUCUUAACUUGGGACUAGCCCUACUAUGUGCCUGAUGCUAGAAGGCAUUUAAUGCUUUUUGACUCUGCUCUCAAAGGCCCUCUACUUCAUCUCCCUUAUUUUACAGAUAAUGAGACAGGCCCAGGAACUUUAAGUGCUCAGCCGUCCCAUCAGGCUGGAUUUGAACCUAGGUUCUUUGACUCUACAGCCAGUGUUCUUUCCAUUGUCCCAGACUUGAGAUAACCUAGUUGACAUUCUUCAUUUUAUAGCUGAAAAAACUGAAGCUCAAGUUAAUGGCAGAACUGAGACUAGCAUGCAGAAAGGGGAGCAGUGACUUGAGAUAUAGCAGCAGCUACUGGUAAAAAUUUGGGAAGGUUAAUGUUGGUUUGGGAAUGAGCUAUGGAUUUCACUUAGACACACUGUCGUUCUUUGAGAGUAAAGGUAGGUGUAAGUCUAGCUAUUGAAAUACGUUACUCUUAAAGAUUCUUAGCAUUUGUUACUACUGAACAGUAAAAACACUAGAACCUGGAAAUGGGAAAAGGUUUGACACUUUUUGUACCCAGGAUUAGAAGAGUUGAAAUGUUACUCUGUUAUUCAAAUGAAUUUGAAGAUUGAGCAAGAAAAAUCCAUUUAAAGAAAUAUGUCAUAAGAUUUUCUUUAAAUACCCAAGAUCAAUGUUCACUAGCGGCCUUACCGAGAGUACGCAGAAAGAAGUGCGUAUAGUCGGCGUUGAAGCCGAGUCAAUGAAUUUAGUAUUGAACUAUGCAUAUACCUCCAGAGUCGUACUCACCGAGGCCAAUGUCCAAGCUUUGUUCACUGCAGCGAGCAUCUUCCAGAUCCCUUCUAUACAGGACCAGUGUGCUAAUUAUAUGAUAAGUCAUCUGGAUCCACAAAACUCUAUUGGGGUCUUUAUCUUUGCUGAUCACUAUGGUCAUCAGGAGCUAAAAGACCGAUCACAAGAGUACAUUCGUAAAAAGUUUCUGUGUGUCACCAAAGAACAAGAGUUUCUCCACUUAAGGAAAGAUCAGCUCAUCAGUAUACUAGACAGCGAUGACUUAAAUGUUGACAAAGAAGAACAUGUCUAUGACAGUAUCAUCAGGUGGUUUGAACAUGAACGAGAGGGAAGAGAAGCACACCUUGCAGAAAUAUUUGCCAAGUGCAUCCGUAUGCCUCUGAUGGAAGACACCUUUGUUGAGAAAAUUCCUCCCAUGUUUGCCGAGGCCAUCGUCCAGAAGGGGCCGUGUAGUGCCAAUGGCUACACACAGAGGCUUGGGAUGACUGCAUCAGAAAUGAUCAUAUGUUUUGAUGCUGCCCACAAACACUCAGGAAAGAAGCAAACAGUGCCUUGUCUCGAUAUAGUCACAGGGAGAGUGUUCAAACUAUGCAAACCACCCAAUGACCUGAGAGAGGUGGGAAUCCUUGUGUCCCCAGAUAAUGACAUUUACAUCGCCGGAGGCUACAGGCCAAGCAGCAGUGAAGUCUCCAUCGACCACAAGGCGGAGAGUGACUUCUGGAUGUAUGAUCAUGCUACAAAUAGAUGGAUACCCAAAGCUCCUUUACUUCGAGCCAGAAUAGGCUGUAAACUGGUUCAUUGCUGUGGGAAACUCUAUGCAAUAGGUGGGCGUGUUUAUGAAGGUGAUGGGAGGAACCCCCUAAAAUCUGUGGAGUGUUAUGACAGCAGAGAUAACUGUUGGACAGCUGUUAGCCCAAUGCCUGUAGCAAUGGAGUUCCACAGUGCUGUGGAGUAUAAAGAAAACAUCUAUGUUCUACAGGGAGAAUCUUUCCUCUGCUAUGAUCCUCAGAAAGACUACUGGGGCUUUUUAAUACCCAUGACUGUGCCUAGAACCCAGGGCUUAGCAGCUGUAUAUAAUGACUCGAUCUACUACAUAGCUGGAACCUGUGGAAAUCAUCAGCGUAUGUUUACCGUGGAGGCCUACGAUAUUGAGCUAAACAAAUGGACUUGCAAGAAAGAUUUUCCUUGUGAUCAGUCCAUAAAUCCAUAUCUUAAACUAGUACUUCUCAAUAAUAAACUCCACUUGUUUGUUCGAGCAACUCAAGUGACUGUGGAAGAGCACGUCUUCAGGACCAGCAGAAAAAAUUCGCUUUACCAAUAUGACGAGGAUACUGACCAGUGGAAGAAAGUGUAUGAGACUCCAGAUCGCCUCUGGGAUCUCGGUCGUCAUUUUGAAUGUGCCGUUGCUAAACUGUAUCCACAAUGUCUUCAGAAAGUACUUUAAUGAGAAACAGGCCUUAGGAUUUGAGUAGUAACUGAUACUUGAGAUGACAUGUCUUAGAAUAAAACAAAGACAUUCUGUCAGUAUUUAAUGUAAGCUGAAAGAGUUGUGUUCAUGGGGAUGGGUGCUCUUAGAGGUUGCAGUGUGGGGAGGGAUUUGCUCUCAUACUUGUGAUGUUUUCAGUUCAGCAAGGGGAUGGUGACAAAGUGCAAUUAUCAGCAUUUUUUCUGAUAUAAAUUUAAUCAUGUCAUUCUAGAGGGUUUCUGUGAUUUAAAGCAACUAAGAUGUCAGAAGAACCAAGACAACUAUGCACUACUGCAAGAGCUUGGAUAGCAUUACUGGAUAUGGAUGUCCAAACUGGUUCGAAGUGACUUCUUUUAAAUACGGGUAAAAAUUUGAGGCAAUAUCACUAGGUCUUUACUUUAGCUGUGACUUAACCGACAUAGAGGAACACUCCAUUAGGUCCUGAUUCUUAAUAUUUAUACAUUUUUAUGUAUGCUAUUUCAAGUGUACUGAUGUGUUUGUUAUAUGUUCAGCUGUUAUAAUAAGUUUUGAGAAAAUAUUAAUCUCAGAAAAAAAAAAGCUGUUUUGGGUAAUUAACAUUUCCUAUGUGGCUUUAAGUCAACCUAAUGAUAUAAGUUAGCAAUUUUUUUGGCAACAAAAUGUUUUCAAGUGCUAACACUUGUCUUGUUUGGGGGGGUUAAAAAAGAUAAUAAUCCGGUAAAGGGCUUUUAAAACCCAAAGGCGGCUGGUGCUAGUAUACUUCCAUUUUCGUGUGGCCAGGUACCGUUACCUUGCCUGACUCCGUGCUUGUCUUUCAAAGUGGUCUGCUGGUUUUAUGGCCAGAGUAUAUCAUCUGUAGACCUCUUGAGUUGAGUGGGAUUCUGCAUUUAAAAUGAUAGCAGAAUAUGGCUAUUUGUUGAUUUCAGUUUCUCUCAUUCUUAUUUUUUGGAAAAUUGAGAGCUUUAUGGUUUUUGUUUUUGUCUUUUUUGCAUGAAGUUGGUUCCAAAACUUCUUAGUAGAUCUGACAUUUGGCUUGUCCUUUUUCCUCCAUUUCUAUUUAUCCUAACACCGUAAAAAUGUUGUGUCUAUUCUCCACAGAAGAUAAUGUGAGAAUUGGCCUUAUUUUUGAUAGUUUUUUUUAAAGGAAGAGACAUGAACUUAAAAAUUUUUAACUUGAGUUUUUUUUUUUUUCAUUUUUUGUAUCUUUAACAUCAAAUUUAUGAAAACUAGAUCCUUUUCCUAGGGUUAGCCUCAGCUUGGUUGAAGGGGCUUGAAAAGGAGAACAACAUGAAAAGUUUGAUAUCUCAUUUUUUAAAUCAGUCAUAACAUAACUGCAUCUUUAGAUUCCAAGCGUCAUUCUUUAUAUUUGACAAAUUUCUAGCACUAAGCUAAGUACAUUCAAGCGAAGAAGAACAAUUCAUUUGUAAUAUUUAAAUAAGGCAGAUAUUUGGAUCAGUAACUUAUUUUUUAUAGUCCUUAGACAAGUUGAUAGCAGUUAAGUGUAAUCCAGAAUCUGUCCUUAUCACAUGAGCAAUUUUUAUCUUCUUUAAAGAAAGCAAACUGACAUAGUUCUUAUUUAAAUAUUGCACAAAUUUUAACGUGAUACUGUGAAAACAAAAAAUUUUUUAACAUUGCCUCCUUGCAUCACAUACCUCAUUUUCCAGAAACUUACCAAACUGCUUCUUGGAGAGAUGUAUAAGUAGUGGGAGUUUUCUGAAGCAGACUUUAAGGUUGAUGGCAUUUAUAGAGUUACAUUAAAAUUUUAGAGUGGAGUCCUAGAAAGCAAGAUGUGUGCUUUCUUGGUUUUUGUUACAAUGCUGUUCUGUCGCUAAUUUUUUUUUUUUUGGAAGUACAAGUCAGUCAAUCAAAAUGUUCAUUUCCCAUCCCCCUCCCCAGUUUUUUAUUUUUUAUUUUUUGUGUAAUUUGUAUAGUUUUGUGUAAGGCUCUAUCUGCAAGCUUUUUGAAGCACCCUUCCUUCCUCACAGUGUUGCAUUAGUCUGUAAAAACUAUCCUUGUAAAAGUGUUAAGUGUUAGUUUUUUGUUUUAAAAGCUUGGUUGACUAUUUAGAUUUCCUGCUGCUUUUUGACAAUCUGUAUUUAUUUAGUAGAACAAAAUUUUCAGCAUAUUACUUGAAAACAUGACCUAGAACAUUUGAUUUAGCAAUUGACUGAUCAUAUGAUUGUAUAGGAGUACAACAUGCUGUAGUUAAUUCUACAGUGAGUUUAUUUUGUUGAUCUGCACUAAAGUACAACUUUUGUUGUUGUUUUAUCCAUUUAUGCUGAGGGUACGAUCUGAGACAAUAGUGUAUUCAAAAGCUAAAGCCUGUAACUUGCCACAGGAGUUAUAUCUAUUGAAUCUUAAGUGUGCAUAAUUCUUUGUCUAAACAAUAAUCUAGCUGGGACCUUUUGCCACUUUUAAAUGCUUUCAAAAGAAGGCCUUAAAGUCGCAUUGGUGAUGGUUUUUGCUCUCUAGUUAGAUUUUUCAGGUAAAUUUUCAUAGUGUGGGGAGAACAUUGGUAAAAGGUACCAAAAGUACUAUAGGAUUAAAACUUAGGGCCGUGUUGAAAGAUUAUUUAUACAGCAUCUUCCGAUAUAUUUAGAAAAUGUGAACUAAGACUUUACAGGAAAGUGAAGUUGAAAUCUGUUUUCCAUCUUCAUUUGUUAUGGUACACAGCUGAUGUUAGAUUAAGUCUCAAAAUGAUAGCAGUGGUGCAUGAGACAAGGUGGAUGUGGUCUGUGAGGCAUCAAAUUCACUGUUUAAGGCAGUUUAAAAUGGCGUUCAAUGUUCAGUGCUCAGGUAUGUAGUAAGAAGUACUGUAGUCCGGGGGCAGGGGCUGGGGAGGGGGUGGGAGGGAAAUGUGUGGAAUUUUUAAACAUUUUGCCAUAAUUGCACAAUU